AUCAACUGUCUCACACUGCUGGGACAGUGGAUUACAGCUUUACAUCUGUAAGGCAAUUCCAUGCUAAAUACCUGGAGUGAAUACCUUUGUAAAUAAAGAUGAUGGUUCAUGAAUGCGGGAACAGCAUUUAUUUGAAAGUUUUUUUUUUACUAAUUAAUAAAGGUUUACAAAAACAACAUGUUCAGCUACAGGAAGGCAUUUUAUUGGCACUUGGAAAAUGUACUUUACGCAGACUGUGAUACUGUGAUACUUGGAUACUAAUUAUUUGCACUAUUAAGUAGUUUAGAAGUUUUUUUGAAAAUAAAAUACCAACAAACUCUACAGUAUAGCUCCCAGGGACCUUCGUAAUCAAAAACAAUCACAAUGAUUUUUUUCCCCCGUUUCUCCUAAUAUCAGUGCAUCCCCUAGCUCAAAUCUGUUGAUAGCUUAGGCAGGGCAUGAACCCUCCCGCUCCACGGAUACACGAUACGAUGCGUAAAGACCAAAACGGACCUUUCAAGAAGGCGGAGGCGAUAUGUGCAAUUUGUUCAGACGAGGCGACCGUGCAGCCUCGCUUGUUCAAGGUCGGCGCUGCUUCUGAAGGCAGCAGCCGGCUGUGCGUGACAGAGGCGUCGCCUCUCCGCAGUGACGCAGCGCACCCCAGCCGAAGCGCAGCCUGUUGAGCUGCCGGGAGAGGGCUAAGCUCCGAGAUCCUGCUCCUGUCAGCUUCGGGACGGAAAACUUCUUCUUCUUCUCCUCCUUUUUUUUUUUUUUUAACUCCAAAAGGACAUCUCGGCACGCGUCAGGCUGAAGGGAAGAGCGCGAGUGAAAUCAUGUCUUGGUGCUCCGAGAUAGAGAAGAACUCCACCGAGGAUGAUUGUGUGGACUCGGGAGCUGAGACCGGAGGGUCUGACUACAGCCCAAUGUCUUCUGCUAGCAGUGAGCUGUCCUCGGGCGACCUGCAGGACCCCUUCCUGGUGAGCGUGCACAUCAUCACUGACCCGGGAAACGCCAAGGCCCUGCAGAAGGCGGCGGACAGCGUGCUCGCCUGGAUCCACCCGGAGCUGCAGCUCUUCCGGGUGUCGGAGCGCGGGGCCUGGAGGAGGCCGAAGAGGCCCCGGCCGGGGGGGGGGGCGGGCCAGCCCUCUCUGGCCGUCAUCCUCUUCCUGCAGGAGGAGUACGGCGAGGAGCAGGUCCUGCAGCUGCACCGCGCCCUGCGGGCCCCACCCUGGCAGUUCCACCACACCGAGAAGGUCAACGGGCGCCUGCUGCCCUACAUGCCCUGCAGCCAGGACUUCUUCACCCUGGCCGCGGGCACGCCGCUCUGGGCGGUGCGGCCGGUGCACUACGGCAAGGAGAUCGUGCGCUUCACCGUCUACUGCCGCCACGAGAACUUCCCCGACAUGGUCAAGAUGUACCAGCUGGUGCUGCAGAGGGAGCUCGCCCAGCGGCGGGAGGACUUCUGCUUCUUCGUGGUCUAUGCCAGCCUGGACACGGAGGUGCAGCUCUCCCUGAAGAGGCUCCCCAGGGGCCAGAGCCCCGCCCCCACGGAGUCGGCCGUCGUGGAGUUCCGCGUGCAGGACAUUGGGCGGCUGGUGCCCCUGCUGCCCCACCCCUGCACCCCCAUCAGCGAGGUGCGCUGGCAGACCGAGGACUACGACGGCAAUAAGAUCCUCCUGCAGGUGCGAGGCUCCACCAGACUGUCCCGGCGGAGACACACGGUCGCCCAGUUCGCCCCCCCGGCUGCCGGGCCGCCCCCCGCCCCGCCGGCCGGCUGCCUCCACCAGGGCCGGGGCCCGGUCUCCUACAGGAGCCGCCGGUACCACAGGACCGCCUCGCGGGCCCGGCAGCAGCACCGGCUCUCCCAGCAGGACCUGCCGGGCGUGAGCGGCGGGGAGCGGGAGCGGGAGGGGAGCCGGGGGCUCAGCGCGGAGCCCGCGGGCUCCUUCUGGACCGGCCACCGGACCCGCUCCCUCCUGUGCCUCCCGACCGCCCGCGACGGCCUCCCCGACCCCGGCUCCCGCUUCGACAUCGACGCCCUGGUGGGGGCCGAGGAGACGGACGUGGACACGGGCCGCAGGGUCGCCGGUGGGGACAUGUCUGUCGUAUCGGCCUACGCCCGCCCCCCCCAGAGGCCGCCCCCCCGGCCCAGGCCCCUCUCGGCGUCGGGCAACCCCCUCCCCUCCUUCGGGGGACUCUGGUGCGGACCGCGGCCCCCCCCGGCCUGCUCCCCCCUCCGGGACCGGGCCUCCUCGCCGUGGCCCUUCUCUCCCCGGCCCCCGCGGCCCCACAGCGCCUCCCUCCCGCCCUGCUGGCGCCCGCCCUCCGCGGCAGACAGCGGCCAGGGGCCAGAGACGCAGGACUGCGCCCCCGGAGGGGGACCGGCCGAAGAAGAGGAGCAGGAGUUCUUCAUCUAGACCUGAGCGGCCUGGCUCACGCCGAGGAGAGGAGGGGGCUCAAUCAUCGCUGCACAGCACCGGGGGAGCAGGAGGAAGCUCUACCCUGGACCACUCAGAAGAGAGGAGGGCCUGUUGCUGCCAGGAGCUGAAAAAUUGAUUUACACUCUUGCUGAUGACAUCUUUUUGAGCUCGUCUCAAGCACAUAACUACCCAGGCCUGCCCUCCUGUUCUGAGAGAGGAGCGAGGGUGACGCGCUCUUCACUAGUCGCACUGUGACACUGUUGAGUGAAAUGCAGUAUUAGGCAGCUCUUGGAAAGCUCUAAAUAAAAAUGCACUAAGUAUACUGAGAAACCACUGACUAAGAUGCUUUCAAAGCCAUGUUUGUUAUUGUUUGUGUGUAGUUUUGCUAUGAAAAACAUGUUACUAAAACAAAUGUUACUGAUCUCUCCUUCCUGUAAUCUCAUCUACUCCGUGAGUCGUGAAAAGAGCAAUGGCAAAACAAAACAACGACAAUAAACAAGACUCAGACAAGUGAAAUCCAGCCUCUGAUAUAAAGCGGGAAAAUAACAGAAGAUUUUGCGAGGAAUGCCAUGUGAAAUUCUGAAAGCAGAAAUGAAAAUCGGUAACAAUAUGCGAGCGCUUUUGAUCCACAGCAAAUGGGAAUACAUCAGAAUUAGAAAACUGAUGUGCUGGGAGAGAGCUUUGUAUUGUUAGCUAAAAGAGCCGCACAGAACUUUGUUUAAAGCCGUUUCACCAAAACAGCCAAGUUCGUUUCUUCCUGUUGGACCCCUGUCUAGCUUCUUACGCAGGGCAUGAAGCUGUGUUUAGGAAGCUAGAUGGCUCUUAAACCUGCCUGAAAGCUGAGAAAUGGUGAAGCAUACAGUACAAACACUCAGAUUCCACAGUUGCUGGUCAGUUCUGUAUAACGAACAAAAUCAAUGGAGGCUCGCUCAAGUCCUCAUGUCUCCAGUGUCCAUUUUAACCCUUCUGUAACUUUAACUUUUUAACUAUAAAUAUAAAACUGUCUUUUGCUUUGCAGUGCACAUAAUGUACAAGUUGAUGUAGUUAUUUAAAAUACGGUCCAUGACAGAGUCCAUAUCCCUUAGUUCUGCAUUACAAGUGUGUGGUCUCUUUGUCAGUAAAUUCCAGAUGGUGCUCAGGCAGCUCACAGCAUGUGACGCUGGGGUUCAUGAGAUGCUGGCUCCCCCUUGAGGACACCAGUAAAAGUGUCAGACUGAGUGUGCUCAAGUUUUUAAGUUGUGGAAGAGUAUGUAUGGUAUUGUUUCACAGAGGACAGUUUGUGUCUUAAGAUGAGGAGAUAAAACGGGCAGCACUGUAGCAUGGCAAUGAACACUGCGUCCUCCCAGCACUGGGGUCCUGGCUUUGACUCUCCACCUGGAUGUUUUGUGUGCGGAGCUUGAAAUGUUCCCCCUGUGCUCACGUGGAUUUUCUCUAGGUGCGUUACCGUUUUCCAACUCCCAAGAGCCACACACAAGUGGACUCCCAGCCCUGAGUCCUCAAUCACAGGCCCGUUGAGCUCUUUUUUUAUGUCUGGGGUGGAUUGUUUUCAACCCUGUACCAGUUUCUGAGUUUUGGAACUAACCUCGUUCAGGGGCGUUGCCUGAACUGUAACCGAGUGGAUCUUUGCAGAAGAAACUCACAGUGGGAGGGUCAUCGUGAGCUAUUAGAAACUAUUUGCACAGAAACAAGGGGAAGCAAGAUUAGGCAUCCCGGAGUUUCCGAAACACGUUUUUUUUUUCUGAUACUCAGGGCUCAGUGCAAGUAAACUAAAGCCAUAAAGAAGCAUGCAGAUCUAUUAAACUGAUAAGAAACAGUGAGAAACGAGUGUCCUUCAGAAUUCGGUUUUGCACAUGCAAAUACCUCACCCGCAUUACCUUACAUAAAAAUAAGAUUUCGUUUUUUGAAAUCCAGCAUUUUGACACUAAACAGGUGUAAAAUGUAUUUGUAAAAAGGAAGUGAGAUUAAUAACUAAUUCUGUGACAGUGACUUAACUACUAAGGCCGUUAUUUAGCAUGUAGCAUGCAAUAAAGCACAAGCUGCCAGAUAGAAAUCUUAAAAGAGAGUAAUUAGAGAUCUCUUAUACACAGAUGAGACAAAAUCUCUCUCAUUGCGUAGAAUCUAACAUUCACCCACAACCUGUGAUGUUUGAUAUCCUCAGUUUUAUCCGUCCAUCUCAUUAUAUCCUUACUCAGAGUUUAACCACAGAAAAUGAAA